AUGGGAAUAUCAUGGAGGCAAUUUAUUACGAAUGAUCAACAAGUAGCUGGGGAACUUCGGGCCACAGACGGAAAGCAAAGAAUGAAUGCGAGUGCCUCCGAAUUGAAACGAACACCGAUAAAGGACCCUCCGAGUGUCGGCGGCUUGCACGCUCGGAACACUCCAAUCCUCCCGUACAAUCCGAAAAAGCGAACGCACACAAAUGACACGAGGGAAUCCCUCCCGGCUAGACAGAAUUAUCUCGGCCUCUCUAUUUCCGUUUCGCGUACUAUUGAAAUCGUAUCUCACUCGCACGCUAUGGAAAUGCAUAGCGCCGUCCCUUUCGCAUUCGGUUCAUUCAUGACUGUAGAUUUGAAUGGAUUCGGAAUGUGCGUUUUCUUCCCGUUAUUCUCCAAAUCGACGUCAUUCAGGAAAGCGGGCGGGUGA